CGUAGAUUUCUUGAUUCAUAAUAAAACGAACAUAUGCCAAUAAUAAUGCUGCAUUAUCAGGUAAAGUUGACUCGUCCAGUUGUAUAGAGAAAUGGUAUUGUUGCUUAAGGGAAUUCUUUUAAUGAUAUCAGAUGCAGGUUUGUGUAAAACAGUUUUUAAAACCUCUUCAACGGCUGGCAAAAUUAACUUCUCUCCGAUAGUAUGCGGUUUUCCGGAUUUUGCUAUAAGUAACGAGAUAUUGUAA